AUGUCGUAUCAGUCAUAUGGCGACCCGUUGUUUUCAGAGUUAGGAAGUAGUGUAUUGGAUCAAAGUACAUGUACCGAUCGUACAGAAGAAGAUGUGGUAGAUGAUGUCGAGGAGGAGGAGGAUGAAGAGUCUGAUGCAUCAGUCAUCGACGUUUACUUUUCAUCACCUAUCAACACUCCUAUUAAACCACCAACUACAACAAAGACGACUACGACAACGACAACUCAUAUGACAAUAACUCAAACACCCGGUGACGAUAAUGAUGGAGAACAAGACAAUAGUGACUAUGCAUCUGAUAUCUAUUCAAGUGGUACAACUAUUGAUAAUGGUACUACUAUUGGUGGUGAUGGAGAUGAUUGUUAUGGUGAUAGUAUUAUCAGACAUCCAAUUAAUAUCGCUACUACUACUACUACUGCAACGACUACUACUACAAAAGUUGAACAAAAGCAAAGAGUUGAAAUUGUAGCACCAACUCAACCAUCUUACAAUCCAUCAACACCUUUAUUGGACAUAUUCAAUGAUCAAGAUGAUUUCAAUGAAGAUGAUGAUUAUAAACAGAUGGAAGGAUACUCUUCCACAACCACUACUGAAGAUGAUUGGUUCACCAAACACCAAAAAAUCAUGUCAAUCAAAAAGUUGGAAACUAGAUAUCGUUAUCUUUAUAAUUUAACUCAAGAUUUUAAGGAAAGUGCAAUUGCAUAUGCAAGAAUUUUAAUUAAUGAAAUCAAAUAUGAAGCAAACUCUAUUAAAUAUAAAAAAGUUGAUUGUGAUUUUAUCAUUGGUGGAAUUAAAUUUAUAAUUGAUAAUAGUUUUUCAAAUACACAUCAUAAAUCACUGGGAAAUAUAUUUAUGAUUUAUAAUCAGCUGCAAAUGCAUCAUCAAGAUUAUAUAAAUACUCGAACGUUGGAAUCAUCGAUUAUAUUCCCACUUUGGGUGUUGUUUGACUAUGAAGGCUACAGAUUGUUGGCCAUGGCGACACCGACCACUCCUAUUAGCAUUAUGCUGCCUAAUCAUAGUUCAUACAGUCAUCUAAGUAAACUGUAUACUGAACUGUACCAUACUACACACAACAUUGUAAGCCAAAAUAUCGAAUUGCGAAUUGCAAACGAACAUGUCUAUGUCAAUUCAGUGACACCAACUGGCUUGCCACAGCAACUCAAACCAUCGUCAUCUUCAGCCAUCCUAUCAUCUUCACUAGACAUUUCAAGUAGUAUUUCACCUCCACCAACGCACACUCCCAUCUAUCUACUACUUUUCCGACCAGAGUGUCAGACAACCAGCCUAUCAUCGCUGAUUGGUACUCUUCAUAUAUGUUCAGAGAGAAUUCAAUCCAUCUUUAAAAACGAUCCACAACUCUUGCAACAAAAUCAACUUGAAAUGUUUGGUGGUGGGGGCUACAGCAAUAAUAGUGGUAGUCUAAAACGAGCAUUGACAUUUAACAGCUCCUAUUUCCACUCUGAUGUUAUUAAUCGUUCAAAUGGUGGAAAGAGUACACCCCAGGAAGAUGAAUAUUCAAAACGACUCUUUCACAUUGAAAACAUUGUUAGUUUUAUUCGGUCAAUGGGUAUCAAUAUGUUUUAUCUUACCUAUCUACUUGUACUAUUAAGAAAUGUACGUUAUAUUCCAACUUUAAUUCUAUCUGAAAUUGUUUCUAGAAUUUUAAAGAAAAAAAUUAGAGAAAGAAUGAGAUUGGGAGAAAAUUGUAAAGAUGUAAUUGGAAAAGUAUUGGGUAGUUUGACAAGUAUUGGAACAAAUGAUUUUUCAUGGUGGAAUGAAUAUGAAAUUGGAGGUGCAUUAUCAUAUUAUGUAAAAUCAUAUGACAAGAUUAUUGCAGAUGGUUUUAAACAACAACAACCACCACAAAUCAAUUUUAUAGGAUUCGAGAGUGAUUUACCUUUACUCAAACAAUUGGUAGAUGAAAAAGUAAUAGUCUUGAGACUAUUGACCAUGUUGAAUGUUCAUUUAAAUGAAAAUUCACUCUAUCGAUUAUUAGAGUAUAGUCAUCAAAUUAAAGCGAGUGAUGUUACAACCAACGAUUCCAACACUGUCAGUAAUCAUUCACAAUCUGAUUCAUCCUCUUCUUUUCUCAUCGCCAAGUAUCCAUCUAUUAUCGAUUUGAAUGCAGGUGAUGCUAUUGUAAUGGAAAUCCAAAGAUUACAAAAUAGUUAUUAUCAAGAAUGUAUUGACAACAAUCAGCAACAACAACAAGGAUUAUUACAACCAAAAUUUUUAUCACCUAUUAUGAAUCAAAUGAACAAUAUUAAUAAUAAUCAAAAUAAUAAUUCAAAUAACAAAUUAGAAGGUGAAAAAUAUGUAACCAAAUUAAAUCAAUUAAUAGAUUUGGCAUCUAAUCGUUUACAAAAGGCACGUGAACAGGUACCUUCAUCUCAGAGAACAUCGGCAUUGUUGGCAUAUACCAAUAUUGUAAGAUCAGAGUUGUUGAUGGACCAAGAAGAGCAGUUUAUCGGUCUUCUCAAGGCAUUGACCUUUUUAACUAUAUCCGAUGAAAACAAUCUAUCAAAUGCCACCAUCCUUUCACUCUAUGCCAUCGUCGAAUUAAAAUUAUUCAUCUAUCAAAAUAAUCAUAGUCAACAACAACAAUUUUGUAUGUUUAAUCAAAAAUAUAAUCAAUAUUUUGAAGUAUUUGUAGUAAAAAUUAAAAAAGCAUUCCAAGUUGAUGCAGUUAUAACUAAACAAUAUUUAUCAUUGUUAAUGUGGAUAAGUCCAAGAAAGAGAAAAUUAUCAUAUUCAGAGGAGAUUAGAAGAGGUAGAGAAGUAACUUAUUUUACAAGAUUGUUAAACCGUCAUCAUCAUUCAACCAACAACUUUAAUUUGGGAAAUGCUCUAUUGGAGUGGAUAACCACUUCUUUGAAAUCGAUUACAUCUCUCAAGGUGGCUGAAUGUGAUCAUCUCAAUAAUACAUUGUCCUAUCUUGAAAAUAUAUCAGACUUGUCAAUCAAGGGAGGCAACAAUACAAAUGGUGUAUCAUUUAUGCCACCAAUCCCUCUCAUCCCUACAACUAUUCAAGAAGAUAUUGUAGAUCUAAUUAAUCAAACCAACAAUGGAGGUGACAAUAUCAAUUCUAUGCAAAUAACUCAACAAUCAUUUAAUUUGAAAUUAAAAUCAUUGCAUUUGGAUAGUAUCAAUAUACAGAUUCAACCAUCACAGGCCAAUAUGUGUAUAGAAUAUACCAAAUCGGUGAUCAUGGGAAAUUUGGAACGUCUUGAUAUCACAUACAACCCAUUCUAUCACUUGGUAGAAGUACUACCUUUUUCACUCACCAUUCGUCACUUGUAUGUUGGUUCACACGAUAUCUAUGGCUUUUUAUCAAAUAUUUUACUAUCUGGUGGUAGUAACAAUCAACAUGAAGAGUUUUUAGAGCGACUUGAAACAUUGUCGCUAGUUUGGCACAACACUUACAAUAAUAACAAUGUCAACAAAGAAGAUCUAGGGUAUUACAAUCAAGUAUUGUCAAAGUGCAAGAGUUUGAAAACAUUGGAAAUAAGAGAUGACAGGUUUAUCAAUGAUGAAUUGAUUCCAAGUGGUAUAUCUUGUAUUUCACCUACUGUAACCAAUCUCUCUCUUGCUGGAUGUACUCGACUUGCCUCUGCCACCAUUUGUUUUAUACUAUGUAAACUCAAGACUAUCCAAAGUCUUGAUCUAUCAAAUACAUUGGUUGAAAAGAAUGUCAUAGUUAAAUUGUCUGGUAUCUAUCUGUCCAAACUAUACCUAACAAAUUGCACUGAAUUACAGUGUAGUGAUGUAUGUGCAUUGGCCCUAAAUAUCAAUACAUUGACAUCACUCUAUUUACCACCUUCACAACGACCAUUACAACCAACCGCUACUACUUCUACAACUUUACAACAAAAUCAAAGAGAAUUUUAUUAUUAUCAUAAUGAUAAUGAUGAAGAUGAAUAUUUUACAACAGAUAAUAGAGUAUUAUAUACAAACUCUCCACCAAUCCAUUUUCCUCUACUUAAAAACUCCUCCUCUUUAAACAAUCUCAAUCUUCAAACGACCAAUAUAGAGAUUGAAAAACUAUUAAAAUAUUGUAAUGGAAACAAAAAUUUGGUUGAACUUGGCAUGCCAAGUGGAUUGAUAAAGUUACCAUCACCUUUAUCCCUUUCUUCAUCCACCUCACCACAUCUUGGUGCUUCACCUCUUCUCACUUCCUAUCUAAACUCUUCAGGGUUUGUAAAUAUCAGAAAAUUGUAUCUAUCCUUUUCAACCAUCUCUUGUAAAUUACCAUCAUUUCUACGAAUCUUCCCAAGGUUGGAGGAUAUAACAUUUGACAAUGUUCAAUUUAUUUCAGACCUAGGAAACAUUUUAAAUAGUAGUAAUAAUAAUAUUGAUAAUAAUAAUAAUUAUAAAGAUAGUAUAAUGAUCAAUAAUAGUUUAAAUUCAACAUCAAGUAGUAAUACUGGUAGAAAGGCAACAACAAAGAGUAGAAAUACUUUUGAAGAAAUUAGUGAACAUUUACCUUCACUAUCGACACUUUCGAGUAUAUCAAUCAUUAUCGAUCGAUCACAAGAUCAUCUUAAUACAUCUGGUAAUAGUCCAACUUUAAAGAGAACCAAUAGUCAAAUAGAAGACCAGAUUCAAAGAAAUUAUAAUUUCAAUUUUAAAGUGAUCAGUAAUUUAAUCAAAUCAAGUAAACGGUUGAAUAGAUUAACAUUCAAUACUGAUGGUUGUUUAGAUUCAAAAAUCAUUUUACAAUUAAUUAAAGAAAAUCCUUUUAUUGAAAUUUUGGAAAUUUAA